CCUCCAUCUACCAUGGCCACCCUUAGCUCAUCCUCUACCACUGGCACCACCCCCGCCCCUGGGCACGAUGCCCUGUCCCCACCUCCGGACACCUCUUCCUCCCACACCACCUCUGAUUCUGUCACCAAAGAUCCCCCUGUUGUCCCCUCCACCUCUGAGAGCAUGAGGCCCUCAGAGCCAGGGGGGCAGCCCCUAGAGUCAGGCUCUGACCUCAUCCAACCAAAGGAGAUUGAGGAGCCCCAACAAGAGCCUGGCUAUGUUCUUUUCCCACCAAAGGAUCUAGGGGUGGAAGAAGACAAGGAAAAGGAGGAGGAAGAAGGGCUCCCUCCUGUGGACCUAAACAACCACUUAUUCUUCACAUCUGGUGGUGAGGCCUACCUGGUGGCCAAGUUUUCCCUGCCAGGUGGCAGUGAACUCCUAUUACCAAAGGGCUUCCCCUGGGGUGAGGCGGGCAUCAAGCAAGAGCCCAGCCUGCCCCUCCUGGCCCACCCGCCUCCCACACAUCUCACUGCCCUUCACAUCCAACAUGGCUUUGACCCAAUCCAAGGCUUUAGCUCUUCUGACCAAAUUCUGUCCCACAAUACCUCAGCGCCACCUCCGGCCGCCUAUGAGGGAAGGGACGGAGCCUUCUGGAGCUACCAGCUGGCUCCAAACCCACCCGGAGAUCCCAAAGAUGGCUUCAUGGGGAGCAGUGGGGAAGACCACAGGGCACUCUUCUGGCUCUGCCUUCUGUGCCGCCUAGGUUUCAGUAGGCCUCAGGCCUUUGUGGGCCACACACAGUCUCAUGGGGUGAAGCUAACUCCUGCUCAACACCAGGGCCUGCCAUGCAGCCCAGCCAUGCUCCAGGAUGGGGGAGAGGGCUGCAUGGCCCUCAUAAGCUUUCUGGAACCAAAACUCCCUACUUGCCCCCUUUUUGAGAUACCCCUUGACAAUAGCAGCACAGUGAAUGUGGAGGCAAAUGUAGCCCAGACUGAGGAUGGCCCCCCUGAGGGAGAAGUCCAAGCCCAUGUCCUGCCCCAUGAAGAAGUCAUGGCCCUCAGCCCACCUUCUCCACCCACAACCCCAGUCACCUGGGACCCCAGCCCAACCCAAGCCAAAGAACUGCCAAUGGCAGCAGGUGAGGCAGGGCCAGAUUGGUUCCCUGAGGGGCUAGAAGAGGAUGGAGGGCUCUGCCCCCAACUCAACCAAAGCUCACCCACCUCCAAGGAGGGGCCCACUCUCCCCACUCCAGUAGGCUCUCCUGAAGACCCCAAUGACCCACCACAGCCCUACCGCCUGGCUGAUGACUACACCCCAGCCCCUGCAACCUUCCAGGGCCUCAGCCUGUCCAGCCACAUGUCUCUGCUACAUUCACGCAACUCCUGCAAGACACUCAAGUGUCCCAAAUGCAACUGGCACUACAAGUACCAGCAGACCUUGGAUGUGCACAUGCGGGAGAAGCACCCCGAGAGCAACAGUCACUGCAGCUACUGCAGUGCUGGCGGUGCCCAUCCCCGCCUAGCUCGCGGAGAGAGCUACAACUGUGGCUACAAGCCCUACCGCUGCGAUGUCUGCAACUACUCCACUACCACCAAGGGCAACCUUAGCAUCCACAUGCAGUCUGACAAGCACCUGGCCAACCUGCAGGGCUUCCAGGCAGGGCCUGGUGGGCAGGGCAGUCCUCCAGAGGCAUCACUCCCACCCUCUGCAGGGGACAAAGAGCCCAAGACCAAAUCAUCCUGGCAGUGCAAGGUGUGCAGCUAUGAGACAAACAUCUCCCGCAACCUUCGCAUCCAUAUGACCUCUGAGAAGCACAUGCAGAAUGUCCUAAUGCUGCACCAGGGGCUGCCGCUGGGCCUGUCACCUGGGCUGGUAGGGCCAGGCCCUCCUCCCCCCCCAGGGGCUGCCCCCACCAACCCUCCUGAGCUCUUCCAGUACUACGGGCCCCAAGCCCUGGGGCAGCCUCAGACUCCCUUGCCUGGCUCUGGGCUGAGGCCAGAUAAGCCCCUGGAUGCCCAGCUGUUUCUCAAUGGUUUUCACCACCUUGGAGCACCUAGCCGCAAGUUUUCCACAUCUGCCCCUGGCAGCCUUUCCCCGGAUGCCCACCUGCCUGCAAGUCAGCUCCUGGGCUCCUCGCCUGAUGGUCUGCCCACCUCACCACCCCCAGAUGACAGCCCAUCCCUGAAGGUGUUCCGCUGUCUAGUGUGCCAGGCCUUCAGCACUGACAGCCUGGAGCUGCUGCUCUACCACUGCAGUGUGGGCCGUAGUCUCCCAGAAGCUGAAUGGAAGGAAGUCACUGGUGACACCCACCGCUGUAAGCUCUGCUGCUAUGGCACCCAGCUUAAGGCCAACUUCCAGCUCCAUCUCAAGACAGACAAACACGCCCAGAAGUACCAGCUGGCUGCCCACCUGCGAGAGGGUGGUGGAGCCAUGGGCACUCCCUUACCAAUGCCCCUGGGAGAUGGAGCUCCUUAUGGAUCUGUCUCCCCCCUGCACCUGCGCUGCAACAUCUGUGACUUUGAGUCCAACAGCAAAGAGAAGAUGCAGCUGCACGCCCGGGGUGCAGCCCAUGAAGAGAACAGCCAGAUCUAUAAGUUUCUGCUGGAGAUGGAGGGAGCAGAAGCAGGGGCUGAGCUGGGGCUCUACCACUGCCUGCUGUGUGCAUGGGAGACACCCUCCCGCUUGGCUGUGUUGCAACAUCUCCGUGCACCUGCUCACCGCGAUGCCCAGGCCCAGAGGCGUCUGCAGCUGCUACAGAAUGGCCCAGCAGCUGAGGAAGGACUCACAGCUCUUCAGAGCAUCCUGAGCUUCAGCCAUGGGCAGCUUCGGACUCCCGGAAAGGCUUCUGUCACCCCCUUAGCUGAGCCACCCACCCCCGAGAAAGAUGCCCAGAAGAAGACAGAACAAUUGGCUUCCGAAGAUGCAGAGAACAAGACUGGCCCUUCGGGAGACAGUGCCAACCAGACCACGGUAUACUGCUGUCCAUACUGCAGCUUCAUGAGCCCAGAGUCCGACCAGGUGAGGGCUCAUACAAUCUCCCAGCAUGCAGUGCAGCCCAAGUACAGAUGCCCACUGUGCCAGGAGCAGCUAGUGGGCCGGCCUGCCCUGCACUUCCACCUUAGCCAUCUUCACAACGUGGUACCUGAGUGUGUUGAGAAGCUGCUGCUUGUGGCCACAACUGUAGAAAUGACCUUUAUGACCAAAGUGCUGCAUGGGUCCAAUCUGCAUGUGGAGGAAGGCCCAGAGCCCCUCAUUCCCAGGCCAGAGCCUUCACCCAGCAGAGACCAGGCUUCAGAAGGCCCUAACCUGACCCCAGAAGCCAGUCCAGAUCCUCUUCCUGAGCUUCUCCCACCCUCAGCUGAGGCUCCAAACAAGCCCAUGGGAAGCCCUGACCAACCCCCUUCUCCAGCCCCAUCUCCAAUCCCCCCGCCUGAUACCCAAGCUGAAGAAAUGGCUCCUCCACCCACAAUGGCUGAGGAGGAAGAGGGGACCGUUGGGGAGACUCGCCCUACAGAGCCAGUUCCAGCUGAUUCUCGCCAUCCUCUGACCUAUCGGAAGACCACCAACUUUGCUCUGGACAAGUUUCUGGACCCUGCCCGGCCAUAUAAGUGCACUGUGUGUAAGGAGUCCUUUACCCAGAAGAAUAUUCUCCUAGUUCAUUAUAAUUCUGUCUCCCACCUUCAUAAGAUGAAGAAGGCUGCCAUUGAUCCCUCCGCCCCUACCCGGGGAGAGGCUGGUGCCCCACCUACCACCACUAUUGCCACAGACAAACCCUUUAAAUGCACAGUCUGCAGAGUCUCCUACAACCAGAGCUCCACAUUGGAGAUCCACAUGCGGUCAGUUCUGCAUCAGACUCGCUCUAGGGGGGCCAAGACUGACGCCAAGGCUGAGGGGCCGGAGCGCAGCCAAGAAGAGCCCAAAGAAGGCGAGACCGAGGGGGAGGUGGGCGCUGAGAAGAAGUUCCCUGACUCCAGUAGCUUCAUAUCUGGACUGCCCUUCCUGUCCCCUCCACCCCCUCCUUUGGACCUCCACCGAUUUCCAGCCCCCCUCUUCACCCCACCAGUCCUGCCCCCCUUCCCUUUGGUACCCGAGUCACUGCUUAAGCUCCAGCAGCAGCAGCUUCUCCUGCCCUUCUACCUCCAUGACCUCAAGGUGGCGCCCAAACUAGCACUGGCUGGGCCUGCACCCUUGCUGUCCCUGCCAGCUGCCACCCCUCCACCCCCACCCCCACCCCCCAAGGCUAAGCUGGCUGAGAGGGAGUGGGAGGGGCCCCCCAUGACUGAAGAGGGGAGUGAGGCAGGGCCCGCCUCACCACCCCACCCAACACCCAAUGAGGCAGCCCGCACUGCAGCCAAAGCUCUUCUAGAAAACUUUGGCUUUGAGCUUGUGAUCCAGUACAAUGAAGGGAAGCAGGCUGUGCCCCCUCCCCCAACCCCACCCCCUCCAGAGGCCCUGGGGGGUGGGGACAAGCUAGCCUGUGGGGCCUGUGGGAAGCUCUUCUCCAAUAUGCUUAUCCUCAAGACCCACGAAGAACAUGUCCACCGCCGUUUCCUGCCCUUUGAGGCCCUGAGUCGGUAUGCUGCUCAAUUUCGAAAGAGCUAUGAUAGCCUAUACCCACCCCCUGCAGAGCCCUCCAAAUCUGAAGGGCCUCUGGACUCGCCUGCUCCCCAACUAGGCCCACCCUUCUUGGUCCCAGAGCCUGAGGCAGGCGGAACCCGUCCCUCUGAGGAGCGAAGCCGGGCAGGAGGGCACUGGCCCCCAGAGGAGGAAGAAAGCUCCAGAGGGAAUUUUCCUCCCCUGGUACCUGCAGGCCGCCGGUUCUCCAGAACCAAGUUCACAGAGUUCCAAACCCAAGCCCUGCAGUCUUUCUUUGAGACCAGUGCCUACCCCAAGGAUGGAGAGGUGGAGCGGCUUGCAAGUCUUUUGGGCCUAGCUAGCCGUGUGGUGGUAGUAUGGUUCCAGAAUGCUCGCCAGAAAGCACGCAAAAAUGCCAGCGAGGGUGGGCCUGUGCCACCUGGAGGAGGAACUGGGGGGACCUCUGGCUGCAGGCGCUGCCACACAACCUUCUCCUGUGUUUUUGAGUUGGUGCGGCACCUCAAGAAAUGUUAUGAUGACCAGCCCCCUGAAGAGGAAGAAGAAACAGAGAGAGGGGAAGAGGAGGAAGAAGAGGUGGAGGAGGAAGAAACAGAGGAGGAACAGGGCCUUGAACCACCAGCAGGGCCUGAGGGUCCAUUGCCAGAACCUCCAGACAGAGAGGAGCUGAGCGAAACAGAGGCAGCAAAGCCAGGAGGCAGAGAGCCUGAAGGGAAGGCUCCUCCCUCCCCUGCCCCAGCCCACAGCUGUGACCAGUGCAACAUGUCAUUCCCCAGCCAGGACCUCCUGACCGGACACAGAAGACUACAUUUCCUGUCAUCUGUGCAGCCCAGUACUGCCUCACACCUCUUAGAUCUGCCCUUACUUGUGUUUGGGGAGCGUAAUCCCCUAGUGGCAGGUACUCCACCAGUGCCCGGGCCACUCCUCAAACGAAAGCACGAGGAUGGCAGCCUGUCCCCCACAGGCAGUGAAGCUGGGGGUGGAGGGGAGGGCGAGCCCCCCAGGGAUAAGCGUCUUCGCACCACCAUCCUGCCUGAGCAGCUGGAGAUCCUGUACCGUUGGUACAUGCAGGACUCCAACCCAACACGCAAGAUGCUUGACUGCAUCUCAGAGGAGGUGGGGCUCAAAAAACGAGUGGUACAGGUCUGGUUCCAGAAUACCAGGGCCAGGGAGAGAAAAGGCCAAUUUCGAAGCACCCCUGGGGGGGUGCCCAGUCCAGCAGUCAAACCCCCUGUCACACCCACUCCAGCACCCUUCCCCAAGUUCAAUCUCUUGUUGGGCAAGGUGGAUGAUGGGGUUGGGAGGGAGGUCCCCAAAAGGGAAGGGCCUGCUUUUCCCUAUCCCCCUGUCACCUCUGUUGCUGGGCCCUUGCCUUUUCUACCACUGGGGAAAGAAGCCAGCACCCCAGCACCAGAGCCACCUCUACCUCUUCUACCUCCCCCUCCACCCAGUGAAGAUGAGGGCCCCGAGGAACUGUCUAAAGUGUCUCCAGAGAGUGAGGCAUGCAGUCCAUCUGCAGGGGAUCUAAGCGAUUCGUCUGCUUCCAGCCUGGCUGAACCAGAGUCCCCUGGGGCUGGCGGUAGCAGUGGGGGAGCAGGAGGUGGGGCCGGGGUUCCAGAUGGAAUGGGGCAGCGGCGCUACAGGACCCAGAUGAGCAGCCUACAGUUGAAGAUCAUGAAGGCCUGCUACGAAGCCUACCGCACCCCCACCAUGCAGGAGUGUGAGGUGCUGGGGGAGGAGAUUGGGCUGCCCAAGAGAGUCAUCCAGGUCUGGUUCCAGAAUGCUCGUGCCAAGGAAAAGAAGGCCAAAUUGCAGGGGGCAGCAGUUGGGGGGCCUGGGAGCAGCACUGAGGGCCCCUUGGGAGCCCAGCGCACCGACUGCCCAUAUUGUGAUGUCAAAUAUGAUUUCUAUGUCUCCUGCCGAGGCCAUCUCUUUUCCCGCCAGCACCUGGCCAAGCUCAAGGAGGCAGUCCGAGCACAGCUAAAGAGCGAAAGCAAGUGCUAUGACUUGGCCCCAGCACCUGAGGCCCCCCCAGCAACCAAGGCCCCGCCAACCACCACACCUGCUGCUUUGCCGCUCGGGGCUGCCCCAGCCCUGCCUCGCCUGGCCCCAGUCCUCUUGUCCGGCCCAGCUCUGACUCAGUCCCCACUGAGCAGCUUAGCUCCUUUCAAUUCAGGCCCUGCAGCCUCCCCAGGCCUCCUUGGCCUCGCCACUUCUGUCCUGCCUGCUACCACAGUGGUCCAGACGGCUGGCCCAGGCCGCCCCUUACCUCAGAGACCCAUGCCCGACCAAACCAACACCUCCACAGCAGGCACCACUGACCCUGUCCCAGGCCCGCCAACUGAGCCCUCAGGGGACAAGGUCUCUGGUGAGCGAAAGCCAGUUGCAGCCCCCACCAACUCCUCCACCGAUGCCCUCAAGAACCUCAAAGCAUUGAAGGCCACUGUCCCAGCUCUGUUGGGGAGCCAAUUUCUGCCCUUCCCACUGCCUCCUGCAGGGGGAGCAGCACCUCCAGCUGUCUUUGGCCCCCAGUUACAGGGGGCCUACUUCCAACAGCUCUACGGCAUGAAGAAGGGGCUAUUUCCCAUGAACCCUGUGAUACCUCAGACCCUCAUUGGGCUGCUCCCCAAUGCCCUUCUCCAGCCACCCCCCCAGGUCCCUGAGGCCACAGCCACAGCACCUCCAAAGCCACCUGAACUGCCCUCUCCAGGGGAGGGGGAGGCUGGGGAUGCUGAUGAGCUGCUGACUGGCAGCACUGGCAUUUCCACUGUGGAUGUGACCCACCGCUACCUGUGCCGCCAGUGCAAGAUGGCAUUUGACGGGGAGGCCCCAGCCACUGCCCACCAGAGAUCCUUCUGCUUCUUCGGGCGGGGCCCCGGGGGUUCCAUACCCCCUCCACUGCGGGUGCCCAUCUGCACCUACCACUGCCUGGCAUGUGAGGUGCUGCUGAGUGGGCGUGAAGCCCUAGCCUCCCACCUGCGCUCCUCGGCCCACAGGCGCAAGGCGGCCCCACCCCCAGGGGGCCCACCCAUCACUGUCACCAACGCCGCCACUGCUGCCACGGCUGCUGUGGCUUUUGCCAAAGAGGAAGCAAGAUUACCUCACACGGACUCCAACCCAAAAACUACUACUACCUCUACACUUCUAGCUUUAUAAACAGAUAAACCAAGAUUGGGGGGGGGGCAGAGGGAAGGGACUUAGAGCUCCCUCUCUUAACCCAAGAGGUGUUUAGUGGGAACUCCAAUCUCUCACUCCAGCCCUCGGCUCCGCCCACCUUAUGGGAAUCUUUCCAUUCCCACCCUCAGUGGGCUUCACACACCCCACCUCCAGCAGAGUCCUGCCUCCUCCCCCACCCCCACAGAGACACUAGAAUCCUCAACUCCUUGCAGAUACACUUCUUGCCCUGUAUCUUCAUAGAUACACACCCACAGUGUCAUCCCAAUUCAUACAUGUCUGCCUUGCCCACCCCACCACAUAGCUACCAUUGGUUCUAUCUUCCUACAACCUUUCUCCAUUGAAUUACCAGAACCUCCACAUUUCCUGUGUAAACACAUACAUGCACACAUACAUGCAUAUACAUGUUAGCCCAUGCUGUUCCGACUGAGAAACACCAAAAAAAAGAAGAAGAAGAAAAAAAAAGAACAAGACAAAGAAGGGGGAAGGAAAAGAACCCUUGCCACUCCCCUUUCCCUUCCCUACCCCCUUGUCUAGAGCACCAUACUGCUCACAAACUUUUUCCAAAUACCCAGUUAGUUGGCUCCUAAAGUUGGAGCCUGGGAUGGGCAGGGAGCCCACAAAACUCUAACCAAACUGGAGGUUGGCAGAAGCUCCCAGCUCACUCUCCUUACCCUACCCCCUCCCUCCUAACCCUCUCCUGCCUGGGAGCCACUGGGAGCCCCUGCGGCCUGGAGGCCUGGAGGCCUGGACUCUCGGGGAAGCCGCUGCCAGUAACCCCUCUGCUAACCCCCACCCUGCACCCUGGGAAUUGCAGUAACUUAUUCUCAAAGGCUUUAAAACACAGAGAUCCUCUCAGCAGCCGUGGGCCUGCCUCUUGUCCCAGCCCUGCCAAGUGGGGGUCCAGCCUCCAGGGACCAGUGCUGCCCACCAACGGCAAAUCCAAAGUUCUUAAAAAAAAAAAAAAGAUAAAGAAACACACACAACCAAAAAAAAUGAGAGUGUGAGAGAGCGCACCCAUGCGCACAAGAGAACUAGACCAGAGGAAUGAACUAAAGAAAAACAUAAACUUGGAAAA